GUAGGUAAAAAGUAAUAAUAAAAUAAAGAAUAGUAGUGAGAGUACCUCAAGUACUCUCACUUGCCAAACACACAGACUACUCAUGGCGAGAAAUAGCAUAGUUUCCAGUACUAGAGCUGUGAAGAUAACUUUCUUGGUGCUUUCUUUUUAUAUGAAGUACCUAAGUAGUAUGUAUGAGGAAAGAAAAGCAAAAGGAAGUGAAAAGAUAGGGCUGCUGUGAUAUUGCCCAAAGAUUAUUUAUUGUGGGUGUCGGCUAGAUCAAAGUUAAUUUAUUUUCUCCAUUUUGUAAGAAGUUGACCUAAGUAAAUAUAAAGACAGUGUUUGCAAAAGCAGACUAUGGAGGUGAAGGAGGGCAUGCCAUGAUCUAGUAUGAGGUAUAUUUAUCAUCCUAGUUGGCUUAAUCGAUAGAUGGGUCAAGUUGUACAAAUGCUGCUUGCUUUGAGAUUGAAAUUGACUGAGCAAACAUAAAUGCUUUUGGUUUUAGAGUUAUAGUCGUCGUAGAGUUUCCCAUGCAUUACUAGAUUCUCACUUGUCUUGCUGGGUGUCUUUCUUUUGUGCUUCAUGUCUUGGAUAGCUUUUCAGCAAAAAAGCCUCCCACUCUAUGUUUCCACUUCUAGUACUUUCUUUAAAGAUGUCGAGUGGAUUUUUGAGAUUAGAUGAUUGUGCAACAAAAACGCACCCCUGUCAAUUCUUCCAAAUUAUCGAUGAACAAUUUGUCGUUGCAUUCUUCCUGCGUAAAAAAUAAAUUUACUAAUGGAGCUGGUUUCAAUUAAAUUUUCCAUCUUUUCAAAUCCAUUUGUUAUUGAAACUGGGAAGAAGCCCAUAUACCAACUGGCCUUUACAACUGCUUUCUGACUCCUAUGGAACUCUGAUCCAGGAAGUCCUUGAUCCCUUUGAAAUUAGAAUUCCCUUGCUUCACCUCUUUCACUAUGUGGCAAUUCCCGAUUGUGGGAGGAGACAACGAAGAUGACAACUGACAAUUAUGUUUUAGAUAACAAUUGAUGUGGAUGGACGUAGUUUGAUUUACCCUUUUCUUGAUAUAAAUAAAUUUGUAGAACACAAGCCUUCACAGAUGAGAGGAAGCUAGUAUGUAAAGAUGCUAACUUAAUUUUUUUUAUUGUGUUGACCUUAUUUUGAUUGACGUGGCUGAUAAUUUUUCGAGCUUGCACAUAAAUUGGUGCUUCUAGGGAUCUCUUCCUCCCUCCCCCCUGGAUCUCUUCCUCCCCCCCCCCCCCCUCUCUCUCUCUCUCUCUCUCUCUCUCCCCUCUACACUAAUACAUAAGGCAUUCUUGUUUUUUUCUAGUUUUUGAACUUUUACUUUUUACCAAUUUAAUUGAAUCAGAAUGUCUGAAGAAUUAGAUGCAAGUCCAUGGAGCCUUGAUAACAAUGACCAGUCGACUAAACGCUUAUGACUUUCUUAUUUUCAUUUUCUUCUUGUUGUUGUUUCAUCCUAUCCUAAUUGUUUAAUCCGGUUUGCUUCUGGUUAACCGAAAACAAAGAAAAAGCUUUUUAUUGGCAACGUGCUUGCUGGGAAACAUCUUGAUCAGGCAGCCUCUUGGUUCGUGGAAUAUGGAACAGGAAAAAAAGGAGGAAGCAGAGACUCCUGCAGAGACUCCUACUGAACCAGAAUCCAACAUGAAGGAAGAAGAAGAUAACAAAAACGAAUCAGACUCUCCUGUCGAGGCACCUAUGAACCAGAUUAUAAAAAGAAGGAAACAGAGGUAUCUACUGGACCAGAGUCGUCAAAAAAGAAAAUCCCGAAAUCAUUAAAGGCUGAAUCAAAAAUAGCAAAGAAACCUCUUGGUAGUAAAUUUUUAAACUCCAGAAAAGAUAAAGGUGGUCCAAUGGCUCAGUGGAAACAAAUAAAAGAAUAAUAAGCGUGUAUUGAAGUAACAUAGAAAGCAACAAUGGUGGAGGAGAGGUUAAAAAGCUGAAUUCUAGAGAAGAAGGCAAUGAAAAGAAUGUCAAUGAUGAAGAGCAUAAGGAGAAAGCCAUCAGCCUGAAAAUAACCAAGAGAAGAAGAUCAUUGAGUUGGAAAAGCACAAACAAAAAGAGAGAAACGAAGGAAGGCAUCGUAUGUCAGACGGUGGUACUGAGAGUCAAAAGAACAAAGAAAAACAUGAUGGUGCUUAGAAGAGCCAACAUGAUGAGAAGAAUAAAGAAAAACUUGGCAGUUUGAUAUUCAUGUGCAAUGCAAAGACCAAGCCAGAUUGUUUUCGCUAUCGUGUAAUGGGUGUUACCACUAGUAAAAAGGAUGUCGUGAUGGGUAUCAAACCUGGGAUUAAACUUUUUCUCUAUGAUUUUGAUUUGAAGCUUCUUUAUGGGAUUUAUAAGGUGGCCUCUUCUGGUGGCAUGAAACUUGAGCCAAGAGCUUUCGGUGGGGCAUUCCCUCUUCAUGUCAGAUUUUCUUGGAGCGUGCGGUUCACUAUUGAGAAAGAUUCUCUUCCACUACUUGAGGAUGUUUUUAAGAAGGCAACCAAGGAAAAUUAUAAUGAAAAGCACAAAUUCAAAACAGAACUUACUGUUAAGCAAGCUAGGAAUCUUGUAAAGCUUUUUCGACCGGCUGAAGUUCAUUCAACUGUGUUGCCUGUCUGCUCUCCUCAAUUUGCUAGAGUUGGUGACAGUAAAGUUCAUGAAAUAGUAAGAGAAGUGUGGCCCCGUUAUCACAAGGAAACACUUGCUAGGGAUCCUUAUACGGAUGGUGAUUCUAGUAGAUUUCAGUUGCCAUCUUAUGAAGGUAUCAUCAGCGUCUUGUAUACAGAGACAUGGCAACUAUACCAAGAGAGGAGACUCCUCGGGACUUUUAGCCGGCUGGAAAGGACUAUCGAGCUUAUGGUCCUCAGGGAGAGCACCUUCUAAGACAGCCUAACCAUUUACAUAUAAAUGCUGUCUCCACACAGAGAGAGACCGUUCAUGCUGAUUCUCUCUACUUGAAUGAGAGAGUGUACCAUCUUAUGGUCUUGGUGCUAGAUGUGAAACACAAUCCACUGUACCUUUUGCAACUGCAACAUCAGCUACUGCUUCAGGCCUGUAUACAAAGGAUCCAUACCAUGGUUAUCAUUAUGGUGCUUCAUCAGGUUCUUAUCCUAUUGGUGGAACGCACCCAAUUGAGAGUGCCAAUUUACGCAGGACAGAAACUGAUCGAGUGGGUAGUUUAUACUCCACAUAUGCUACUGAUGCUUUACUGCACAAAGACAAGAUAGAUCAUUAUCAGGCUACCCAGCUUGAAGCGGUGCCUGUGCCAGUUUCGUCUCGGUACUCUUUUGCUAGUCUAUAAUUCCUACACCGCUGACUGAAUGAACACAUGUAUCCACUUGUAUUUGGACUUCUGUUUAUUGGCACCUGAUGUGCAGCACAUGAGCAUUCUUCAGUUGCAUAUUGUAUGUACGAGGGAACAGAUUUGGCUCCAAAUUUGUACGGAACUGAGUGUAAGAAUUAAUUUGGUAAUUCUUUCAAUUAAUUGGAAAUUAUUUUUGUUGUUCCA